AGCUCAUCGGAUCCGAUGGAAGGUGGCAAAAAAAUCCCACUACUGGUAGAAUUCUUGAUCCUGAAUGCAGUCGAUGUAAUGCCACCCGGCUUCAAUACUGACAAUGUGUUUUCAAUCUUGAAUCCGGUUGACUACAAUGCAAAUCACCUCUGCAGUCCGGUGGCAACAUGCUCUGAUGACGAAGGAUCGCAGAAAACGCCUAUAAUCGAAGAAGUGGAGGGAGAAAACUCGCCAUCACUAAGCAGUUUGCAUGAUGGUACCUCUAAUGAUCGGCCUCCUAGGUUUUUGGAUGUAAUUCAUGAGAAUGAUGGAAUUUUGUCGUUCUCUGAUUCCGAUGAAGAACCUGAGCUUAUUCGCCGGCCGCUAUCUCGAUGUUCCUUCCGUUCUGAAACUUUGCGACAGCAGAACGAAGAAACCCUCACUAAAGAGGAUCAUCAUAACGAGAAAACCACUGCUAUACAAAAAGUUGAAGAACGAAAACAACCGGAUACUCCUCGAUCUCCAUGCUUAAAAAGAAUUCAUUUCCAAAGAAAGCAAGAACAAGUUCAACAGCGCAGCAGCGAACUGUUCAAAUAUGACAGCCGAUUGGAUGCAAAACCUGACAGAGUCAAGGAGGAGAAAAUUCCGGAAGAUCCUCCUUCUCGAAAAGAGUCUCGAGAGGAAGCAACACAAACUCCAGACUGUGGUCUGCCUCGACUCGGUGACUGUAAAGUUUGCUGA